GACGGCGUGGGAUUGUGGCUGGCCUGACUCGGGACGCCCAAACGACCCACCCAAGCAACCCAUGUGCUUGCGGCGCCUCCUCGUAUCUCCACCACGGCCGGCAGCCACUUCGCCGUGCCUUCCACUUCCCCGAUCUCCAAUCCGCAGGCGGAGCAGUUUGCAUUUACACAACCGCGUCGCCGUUCAUCCCGGCGUCCCUUUCCCUUGCAUAUAGAUAUAACCCAGCCACCACCGCACGAACCACCAAAUCCGAUCCAAAUCCCUCCACCGCCGUCCCGGAUUUACCAAAACCCCGGCCACCACCGCCAUGGGCUCCGCGAGCCGCGCCAUCUCGUGCCUGUGCUGCCCCUGCAGGUGCCUCUUCAGCUGCCUGUGCAGCAUCCUCGUCUCGCUCGCCGUCACGCUGGGCCUCCUGGCCCUCGCCCUCUACCUCAUAUUGAAGCCGCGCAUGAUCGCGGCCACCGUCGACUCGGCCUCGCUCUCCCAGUUCGCGCUCUCCGCUUCCUCCACGCUCGCCUACGACCUCAACGUCACCAUGACGGUGCGCAACCCCAACACGCGGGUGGGGCUCUACUACGACGACGUCCAGGCGCUGGCCUCGUACGAGGGCCAGCGCUUCGGCUACGCGCCGCUCGACGCCUUCUAUCAGGGCACGGGGGCGGCCACCAAGCUGGCGCCGGGGUUCCGCGGCACGCAGCUGCUCCAGGGCGACGUCGCCGCCGCCCAGUUCAGGCAGCAGCAGUCCGCGGGGCGCUUCGACGUCGACGUGGAUCUCAACGCCAAGCUCAGGGUCAAGUUCUGGGCGUUCAAGGCCCACGGGCCCAACGCGAAGAUCACGUGCACGCUCUCCGUCCCCGUCCCCGUCCCCGCCGCCGCCAGCGCCUCGCCCUUUCAGCCCACGGAUUGCAAAGUGUGGUUCUGAUUUUUGGCUGUUAGGAUAGGGAUACUCUGCCUGCUGCUGCUGCUGUACAUCGCCGUGGACAGCGAAUAACGCUCGUGCGCCCUGGUGGCCACAAGACAAGUUUGUUUUUCUGACA